CUAUGGACAGACUCAUAUCUGUGGUUUUCCUGUUGGCGCUGCUUUGUCUCUGCAAAGGAGGUAACCCUUGCUGCUCAGAGCCAUGCCAGAACAGGGGCAUAUGCACAGCACUCGGCACAGAUGAUUACGAGUGUGACUGCACCCGCACAGGUUUCUAUGGACAGAACUGCACAACACCUGAGUUCCUCACACGGAUCAAGCUGACCUUGAAGCCAUCACCCAACACUGUCCACUACCUUCUCACCCACUUCAAGGGCUUCUGGAACAUCAUCAACAACAUCUCUUUUCUCCGGGAUGCCAUCAUGAGAUAUGUGCUGACAUCCCGAUCCCACAUGAUUGAUAGUCCUCCGACUUACAAUGCGGAUUAUGGUUACAAAAGCUGGGAAGCCUAUUCCAACCUCUCAUACUAUACGCGCACUCUCCCUCCUGUACCAGAGGAUUGCCCAACCCCCAUGGGAGUAGUAGGUAAAAAAGAGCUACCUGAUGCUAAACUUUUGGCCGAGAAGCUCCUGGUGAGGAGGCAGUUUAUCCCGGACCCGCAGGGCACCAGUCUGAUGUUUGCAUUCUUUGCACAGCAUUUCACUCACCAAUUCUUCAAAUCUGAUUUGAAGAAAGGACCUGCAUUCACCGCGGCUAAAGGCCAUGGGGUGGACCUCAGCCACAUUUAUGGAGACGACCUGGAGAGGCAACACAAGCUUAGACUCUUCAAAAACGGCAAACUUAGACAUCAGAUUGUGAACGGAGAGGUUUACCCCCCAACAGUAAAGGAAGUAGGUGUCGACAUGAUCUACCCUCCUCAUGUCCCCGAAUCUCACCGCUUUGCCGUGGGUCAUGAGGCGUUUGGCUUGGUCCCUGGUCUAAUGAUGUACGCCACCAUUUGGCUGCGGGAACACAACCGGGUGUGUGAUGUGCUGAAGGAGGUGCACCCGGACUGGGAUGAUGAAAGACUCUUCCAGACAUCACGGCUCAUCCUGAUUGGUGAGACCAUAAAGAUUGUGAUCGAGGACUACGUGCAGCAUCUCAGUGGCUAUAACUUCAAGCUCAAGUUUGACCCUGAGCUGCUCUUCAAAGAGCGUUUCCAGUACCAGAACCGCAUUUCUUCAGAGUUCAACACACUUUACCACUGGCACCCACUGAUGCCCGAUUCUUUCCACAUCGAGGAGAAGGAUUACAGUUACAAGCAGUUUGUCUUCAACACCUCUGUAGUGACUGAGCACGGCAUCAGCAACCUGGUGGACUCAUUUACCAAGCAGAUUGCUGGAAGGGUUGCUGGUGGUCGCAAUGUUCCUGCACCUAUCUUGUACAUAUCCAUUAAGGCGAUAGAGCACAGCAGACAAAUGCGUUACCAGUCUAUGAAUGCCUACAGGAAACGAUUCAACAUGAAGCCCUACAGCUCUUUCGAGGACCUGACAGGAGAGACUGAAAUGGCGGCACUGCUGGAGGAGAUGUAUGGGCAUGUCGACGCUGUGGAGCUCUACACCGGCAUCCUUGUGGAAAAACCCAGGCAGAAUGCCAUCUUUGGGGAGAUCAUGGUGGAGAUGGGGGCCCCUUUCUCCCUCAAGGGCUUAAUGGGGAACCCCAUCUGCUCCCCGGAGUACUGGAAGCCCAGCACCUUCGGAGGAAAAGUCGGGUUUGACAUCGUCAACACAGCCUCGCUGCAGAAACUCGUCUGCAACAACGUGCAAGGCCCCUGUCCUGUGGCGUCUUUCUAUGUGCCAAACAUUAAAGAGACGGAGCCGAUGAUCAUCAACUCGAGCACGUCCCACUCAAGCGGCAGUGACAUCAACCCUAUGGUCAUUUUGAAAGAAAAGACGUCUGAACUCUAAUUUUAUCUUUCACUGGGGGAUCUUUUUAUGUAUUUAUUUAAUUCUAUGUUAAUACUGUAUAUGGGGUCAAUUCUAGUAUUACAUAUUGCUGCAGUGAUUACAAUUGCUUGCUCUGGUGGCAAAAUGGGACUCUCCAUUAGUUUAUCUUUGACUUGUCUUUGGUUGGGGGUCUUCUGUAGCUGAUGGUUGGUUCAUCUGGUUAAGCCUUUCUUAGACUUUAUUAUGCCCCUAUUCCUUUUGAUUAUUAUAAAAAAAUAUCUUAUCUUCCCCAAAUCCAAUAAAAAUACUGACAAAGUUCGGUGCAAAACAGGCUCCCAUAGCUGUACCCUUUAUCUGUUUGUAAAACUGAUUCUUCUAUAGCAUAAUUAUAAACUGAUUUUUGCAUA